CACAGUCGCUGGUCACAUGAUCACAGCAAGCCGUGUUCCCACUUCCUGACCAAGAUGGCGGCACAGAGGAGGAGUCUGCUGCAGAGUGAGCAGCAAAGCUGGACAGAUGACCUCCCUCUGUGCCACCUCUCUGGUGUGGGCUCCGCAAUAAACCGAACCUACAAUGCUGAGGGUCUGGGGAAGGAGGCGCACCCGUGUGAGGACAACUGGAUGAAAUUCAGGGGUGAUAAUAACAUUUACCUUUAUGGGGUCUUCAACGGUUAUGAAGGAACAAGGGCCACAAACUUUGUGGAUCAGCGGCUUUCAGCUGAGCUCCUCCUGGGACAGCUGCACUCUGACGUCACUGAUGCAGAGGUGCAGAGAGUCUUGUUGCAGGCUUUUGACGUUGUGGAGAGGAGCUUUCUAGAAUCCAUUGAUGACUCAUUGGCAGAAAAGGCCAGUCUCCUCUCUCAGCUUCCAGAGGGCACUGUCCACCAGCAGCUACCCAGCCAAUACCAGAAGAUCGUGGAGCGACUAAACACCCUGGAGAAGGAGAUUUAUGGUGGAGCUGCAGUCAUUGUGGUGCUUAUUGUGAACAAUAAACUUUACGUGGCUAACGUCGGCACUAACAGAGCUUUGCUGUGUAAAUCUACGGUGGAUGGGCUGCAGGUCACACAACUAAACGCAGAUCAUACAACGGAAAAUGAGGAUGAGCUGUUCCGGCUCUCACAGCUGGGGUUGGACACAGUAAAAGUCAAACAGGCUGGACUGAUUGGGGGGCAGCCGAGUACCCGCAGGAUUGGGGAUUACAAGGUGAAAUACAGUUACGGAGACCUGGAGUUGUUCAGUGCUGCCAAAUCCAAACCAGUCACAGCUGAACCAGAAAUCCAUGGCUGCCAGCUGCUGGACGGUGUCACUGGCUUCCUGGUGUUGAUGUCUGAAGGAUUAUACAAGGCUCUGGAAGCCGCUCAUGGUCCUGGACAGGCCAAUCAGGAAAUAGCAGCAAUGAUUGCUACAGAGUUUGCCAAGCAGGUGACGCUAGAUGACGUGGCUCAGGCCGUGGUGGAGAGGGUGAAGCGCAUUCAUCAUGACACCUUUGUCAGUGGAGGAGAACGAGCUAAAUAUUGCUCCAAACACGAGGACAUGACACUGCUUGUCCGGAACCUUGGCUACCCACUGGAGGAGAUUAGCCAACCCACCCUCACUCCCACUCAGGGUGGUCGUAUUUAUCCUGUGUCUGUACCAUAUUCCAGUGCACAAAACACCAGUAAGACCAGCGUCACUCUGUCACUGGUGAUGCCAUCUCAGGGAACAAUGGUCAACGGGACUCACAGCAGCUCUACACUGGAUGGGACAACUCCCACAAUGCAAUCUCCGAGCGCCACUCUUCAGUCCACUAACACUCAUACUCAGAGCAGCAGCUCCAGCUCAGAUGGGGGUCUGUUCCGCUCCCGCCCGUCCCCCUCUCUGCAGCCAGAUGAGGACGGGCGAGUGGAGCCCUAUGUUGAUUUUACAGAGUUUUACCGACUCUGGAACAUGGAGCAUGGGGAUUCUGGAGCCAUGGUGAGCGCUCAGUGAGCUGGACAUGGUAAACGUCUGCGAAAUUGGGCUCGCUGCACAGACAAUAAUGUUUCAGUGACAUCAAACUGGCUAAGUAACUCUCUGCCCCACUACUCUGCUGCUAUCCAAAUCUGCAGAUCUCAGCUUAGUCAAUAUUGAUUUUCUUUUGGAAAUAAUUCCUUGGCAGCACACGCUAUCAAUGGUCCCUCUGCCGGCACUGGCAGACACAACGGACUGCCCCUUUAACAGCAUGGUGGGUAUGAUGAAACGAGGCAUUAAUAUCACUCAUACUGUGAGAUUUGCAGCUGAGAUUUCUGGUACAUGAUCCACAAUCCCUGAUACAGGGAAAUACUUGACGGACUUUGCAUCCGACUUUGAUUUGCAAAAACAAAAUCUGUAAAACAACACCAACCAGAUCAAUGCUACAAUGAGAACUGUAAGGAGACACUAUGGAAAUAUAAUAGGGGAAAGGAGGAAGCUAGGAGAUUUGUACAUAUGUGAAUAUAAUAAAAGAAAUGCUUUCUGUGUACGGGCGUGUGCAGUGUGUGAUCUAGAGGUGUUGUGUUGGGCGCUUUUUGGUGUGUGACACAAGUUGCACUCCGGUUAAAUCCAACAAUUUAAAAACACACAAAUUAGGUUAAACCGUAUUAGCUUUGCAUUCAUUUACAUUCUUGCCGUUUUCGCUUCAUUUACAAGCGUCUGUUUGUUUAUUUCCUAAGCUGUAUGACAGUCUCAAAUCAAAUAAAUCAGUGCAAACAUA